CAUAUCCAAUCAUCAUAAUCUCCAACGCAACAGUAAUGGCAGCUGCAACAUCCGCCCACGGCCGCUACCCUCUCUCCACUGCCCGCCCCAUUUCACCAUCCUCGCUCAAGGUGGCCGCUCAAAUCAAUCCCAAAUCCCUCUCGCCGCCGAUAGCCAUAUCCACAAACCCAGUACACAUCAACCUAAAUCACCUCAGAGAGCUCUACGCGGCCUGCAACCUAUCCGGCCACCGAUUCCCCGCCGUCGAUGAUUCCGGAGGAGUCGAACCCAUCGACGAGAUAAAGCUCCGAACCGCCCUUUCCCACAGCCCCUUCGUCGUGUCGGCUUUCACGAAGCCCGAAUUUUUAACGACCGAUUCGGUGGAGGUGACGAAUUUCAUCGGUUUGAGCGGAGGUUGGAUGAGAAAGCUGGCACCAGUGACGCCGGAGAAUGGACGGCUGGUAGGGUUUGUUCGCGCGGUCUCUGAUUUGGGAUUGACGGCUGCCAUCUAUGAUGUCAUGCUAGAUACCAAGGUUCACCCGGCUUUACAAGGUCAGGGAAUUGGUCGGAUGAUAGUAAAAAGAAUCGUAAGAAUGCUUACUAGCAGGGAGAUAUAUGAUAUAUCUGCACUCUGUACUGGCCGUGAAAGUUCCUUAUGGAAAUCGAAUGUUGCUGAUCAAAUAGUGCAGCUUAUGUGUUACAUACACAGGCUAUUCUUCAGUGAAUGUGGAUUUGGGGAAGAUACUUUGGGUUCGACCACAAUGAUGUAUACACGUUCGGACUCUAGUAACUCCAACAAUGAGCAAGCUGUAUCAGCUGUUGGAUGGAUUGAUCCUGAAAACAAGUACUGCACAAAAAUCGACACCUCAGGGAAUGGGAAUCCGGUUUGGAAAAUGAAGUUUUCUACGGUGGUUGACCUUUCUGAUGAGUCCAAGUUUCAAGAUUUAACUUUAAACGUUGAGGUCCACAGUCGGGAGCCAAUAUUUCUCAGGCGGAGCCUCUUGGGUUCGGCUACCAUUGUUCUGAAAGAAUUUCUCAACAAGUUUGAUUCGAAAUCGGAUGUCUCGAAGCCUGUGGAAGAAGUCGGUAGCUUUCAGCUGAGGAAAAAGAGUUCGAACAAGCCUCUGGGAUUUGUGGAUGUCUCAAUCAGGAUUUCACAAGAAAGGGAGGAGCCAGGCUCUUCGUAUUUAGGCGACGAAGGCUUUCAUUUAAAAGAUCACAAGGCCGGCAUAAACCUAGCUAGCGGCUAUGGAUCUCCACACAUUCCCCUUUCCCAACUCCCUUCAUCCGCAUUCCACCAGCCGGAAAAAAAUCACUCGAACCCAUUCCCUCAAAAUCACCAACUGGAAAAAAAUCACACGCAAAAUCACCAACCGGAAACCAGCCAAUCGAACCCAUUCCCUCCAAAUCAUCAUCCCCAGCAGCCGAUCUCCGGACCAUACUACCCUGCGACCACUGGGCCCAGUCACUACCCUUCUAACGUGGGCUACACUCCUAGUUUAUUUCCCAUGAACGCGAACUAUGGGCCUAGCAGCUACAUAAACAUGCCAUCUUCAGUUGGCCCAUCGGGCCUGCGCGGGAGGCCCGGUCUUGGGAUGGGAGUUGGCGCGGGGGCCCUAGCAGCUGGAGCGGUGAUCUUUGGCGAUGAUUUCAUGUCGGGAUUUGAUGUUCCGGGCCCCUCGAGAGAUGUUGGGGUCUCCAUAUCGACCUAUCCUCCGUUCUAGGGUUCUCUUGGAAAUUCCGGAGAACAUAUUGACGAAAAUGACCCCUGAAGUUUGGGUUGACUGCAAAAGAUUUGGACUUCGGUUUGAAAUCAAGAACAACCCGUUUGAUAUGUUUCGUUUUCUUUUACCUUUUCCUCUUUCUAGGGUGUAUUAGUAACAUUGAAUGGUUAGCUGAAAUGUUUCUGUAAUUGAGAUUGAGGAGUCUCAGGGGUGGCACUGUAAUUAAUCAUUAAUUUCGUUAAUGAAAUGUAGCAGUAUCUCCAUUGUGCAAGAAUGUCUUCUAGCCAUAAAUCUGAUGUGAUUAAUCUUAACAUUUUUUUUUUCCUACUAA